AUGAUGAUGGAAGAAUCGACAACAACAAGCAAUCAAACACACAUUCACGAUUUGCCAACAGAGGUGAUCGAGUUAACCUUUUCAUUCUUGGGUACAAUUCCCUUGAUGAGAAGUGUUUAUCCUUCCUGUAGGAGAUUCCACGAAAUUAUCAAUGAAAGUGUAGUAAAUUGGAUGAGUUUAGAAUUGUUCCCAUUCACUGAUGGAUAUCAAGAUGAUGAUAAUUUUAAACUUGUAGAUUUUGAAAAUCCAAUCAAGAAGCGUAACAUUUCCAGCAGUGGUUUGAUUAAACUUUUUGACUUGUUGGUUCCAAAGUUUGGUAGCAAAUUCCGUGAUUUAUCAUUAACUUUUUCAUCAUUAUUUACUUGUUCACCACCAGUUUUUGAAAUGAUCAGCACACAUUGUACCAAUAUUAAAUCCCUCAAAAUUGAAGCACCUUCUUCCGGACGUCCAGCAAUGGCUGCUAAUUUAUUGAAGGUUUUGGAGGCUUCUAGCUCAAAUAUUCAAGAACUUAUUGUUCAUGGAGGCUUUCCUCAUUCUGAUUUUCCUGCAAUUUCAAAAGUAAUUGGUAAAACUUUAAAGUCACUCUAUAUUGAAGAAAAGGAAGAAACAGAAGGUCACUCAACUCACUGUCCACAAGAUAGAGAUGCCUCUUAUCAAUAUGUAGAGUUGGAACAUUUGUAUUUGGGUGGUGUAAAAGUUGACAAGGCUUUCUUGGAAUCAUAUUUUAAGAAUAGUUCCAAGUUAAAGUCAAUAGUAUUUGAUCAAUGUCAUUUGAACAUUGAGGCUAUCAUUGACUUUUUAACUACAUCUGAAGUAGUUAAUAAUGUACAACAUUUAGAGUUCCUUUGUUGCUCCUUGAAUACCAAAGUUAUUCCAACCAUGAAUAUGUGGGGAAGAAUCUUUGACAAAUGUCCAAACCUUGUUAAUUUAUUCAUUCAUUGUUCCAGUCCUUCUGACAACACUCAAGAGUAUGAUUUGUGCUUUGGAGAUGCAGAAAUAACAGCCUGUGUUGACAAGUGUAAAAAGCUUGAAGUAUUAGACAUUCGUAAUAGUAGCAUGAGUGGAAAGUUCUUCAAAGAUCUUCAAAAAGCCAAAAAGUUGGAAACUCUCAUUAUGGAAUCUAAAAAUUGGAACAUGUCAAACAUUCUUACAGAACAUGGCAGCCCAAUUUAUAGUCAUUCUAUUAAGAAUUUGUGCAUGUAUGGAGAUAAGUGUGAUAACUCUUUGGAAAAGCCAAUUUCUACUUUAUUUCCAACAGUUGAGUUUGUACACUUUGACAAAUUUGCUUAA